AUGGUUGCUGAAGAGUUCGAAGUGAUCUCUCAAAACGGAGUUGUGGUUGAUGUAGAGGCAGAGGUCGAUAAACUCCACGCUCUCUUUCGAGAGAGAACAAAAUUGAUCCAUUCACUAAAAGAUCCGAAAGAACUUGAGGAACAGCAAGUGAAUGUGGCGCGUCAAAACCUAUUUAGUGAACUGGCCAAGCUACCAUUUCAAGAACGAGCUUUAGCACGUUUGAAGAUCAAUUUUAAAAGUGAUGAGUGCAAUAAACUUGUGGAGGAAGCUGAUGAUGAUGAUGAUGAUGAUGAGGGGAUUGAGGAGGAAACUGUUGAGAAUCUCUGCACGAUCAUCAAAAGCAAGGAGUGCAGAAGGGAGAUCGCCUCGGCUUUUGAUUUUGCCAGAGACAAUCACUAUCAAGCAGUGCCGCCGGGGGUCUUUGGAGAGGCUCUAAAAAGCUUUAAAACAAAGGCCGAAGAGGCCUACAAUGGAGUCAGUCGUUUCGGUGGACCUUCACUCAAACAACAACAAUUCAAAAAGUUCAGUGAUUCGAUUCAGGAGAAAGUCGAUGACAAAGUUCAACACAACGGCGAACGGUACAAAGAUUCCAAAGUGGCAAAUGCCGUCAACGAUUCAUAUAGCAAAUAUGAGAAAAUGAUGAAACCAGAUCUUCUUUCUCAAUUGCAAGGAGCAGAUCGAAUCAAACACGUACAAGGACAACACGACGAGGCGCGAAAGGCAGCCAUGCAACAUUUCGAGAGCGAAAUCAGUGAAUUUGGUGGAGAGCCGGUGAUCGUCGAGAAAAGGGACAUUUUGAAGAAAAUGAUUGAGGAUCGUUAUGAAGAUUUGCAAACAAACAACGCAAUUCAAGGCGUUCAAGAAAUGGCGAGGGAAAUCGUCGAAAAGACAGCGCAAGAAUUUCAAACAAUCCUGGCUCAGUCAUUGUCUGGUUUGGUCGACGAGACAUCGAUGGAGUUGAGUGUGACAAAGGCUCGCAUGCGGAUUGAGUCCACUUAUGGGCUACACACUCAAACUCUCCUCGAUAAUCCCGGAUUGGCAAAGCUUGACAAGAAAACGGUCGAGGCUUUUCUCAACAACUUCAAACAGGCUCGACUCGAAACGCAGCUAACAAAAGAAGAGGCUCAAUUCAAAAGCCAAGCUCAAUUGUUUUUGGCCGGUAAAGUGACCGAGAAGAAAAUAGCCGAACUUCAAAAACAUGCCACUGAAGCAGAGGAGGCGUUCAGUCGAGAGAGGGAGGAUCAUGAGAGACGAAUGAAAAACAACGAAGACCUCAUUGAUGCUGAGAAAAAGAGAUCAGAAAAGCUGCUUGAAGAAGCCAAAGAGGACAUUGCCUUCAAGAAGGAAAUGCAACGGUUGCGGCUAGAAUUCGAAAUGAAAAAAGACGAAAACGAGAGACUCGGCGAGUUGAAAAAGCAGGAAAUGAUUAACGCCAUCGAGGAAAAGCGAAUCAGAAUGCAAGAGACAGCGGCUGCAGCUCGUGCCCGGCAAACCGACGAAGAGCUGCGACAAACCCAAAAAGCAACCGAUAUGCGAUUCCAACAAAACAAAGAGCAAAUGCUUUAUGAAAAGGAAAUUCGGAUAAAUCAGCUAAAAAGAGAGGAAGCGGCCGAAGCGGCAAAACGAGAGGCCGAUGAGAAGAGAGAAGAGAGAAUGCACGAGCAAGAGCUUCGCCAACUCGAGGCGGCCAGCAAGGAAAGACGUGAGAAACUGCAACAAGAGCACGAAGCAAAGAUUCGAGAAAUCGAAAGACUGGCUGCCAAAGAUGCAAAAGAAGCGGCGGAAAUUGAGGCAACAAAGGCGGCGAACGCUCAACGACACGCCGCUGAAAUGAAACGCCUUGAUGAAGAGACGACAGCCCGAAUCGAGGACCAAAGGAUUGCCCAAGCAGAACAAAAGGAAAAGAUUCGUGCUGAACGAGAAAGGGCUGAUCAACAAGCCAAACGGGAAAUGGAAGCUAUUCGAGUUAAAAACGAGCUCGCAAGAAAGAAACUCGAAAUGGAAGAGAAACGAGAAGCGGAUCGAUUGGCGGCCGAUAAAGUGAACAAAGCGAGAGAAGCGGCUGAAAGAGAAGCGGCCAGCAAGCACAAACGGGAAAUGGAGGACAAGGAACAGAAAAAGAGACACGAGAAAUGGUGGCAGAAGAUCAUU